AUGGAAGUGAAAGAUGAUCGCUUUAUUGUCUGCGGUGAUUGUAGUGAUUCUUUUGAAGUUAAUGCUGGUGAUCUGCAGGGGUCUACUGUUGGUUAUUGUUUUAUAACGUACAAGUCAGUGGAUGAUGCUAAAAAAGCUUGGAAAGCGUUGGAUGGUUUGGAUUUUCAUGGAUACACUUUGGUUGCGAGGCCGGCUCGACCAACUCGAGAUGAAUUGACAGUUGCACAACGUGCUUCGGACGAGGCUACAAAGCUUCGAAUAAUCGAGGAAGCUAAACAACGUGAAGCGCAAUUAGCUACUGUAAUGGGUGUAUGUGAUUCAACAAUUAUCACAUCUGGUCAUGUUGAAAAAUGCUUGGAUAGAGCUACUUGUGAUGAACAUCCUAUCCAUCCUCCCAAGAUGUCAGUCGGUGAUACAUUUCCCAAUUCUUCAUCCAUGUUGUCUUCCCAUAUUUUCAUACCUGACUUGUAUGGGAAACUUGGUCUUCAUCAAAAUUGCAAGGCGAAUUCUCAAGGUCCAAAUUUUAAGACUCCUUUACUCAACAGUAGUCACCGACUAAAGCAUCAAGCCAAAGCGAAAGUGGCUAUACACAAGAUUGAAAUGGCACUAAGAAAACUAGAAAGAACACCGGUUGGUGGAGCAGCAUCCUUGAAACCAAUUACUGACGGUCACAAUCCGUACACCGGAAAAUUAAUACUGAAGUCGACGAAUAUUGGAAAAUCUAAUCCAAAUGAUCAAGAAUGUUGUUCAAUGUCAUCACUAUCGAGAUCUUUUGGAGGAAUCAGAGGGAAAUCACUAGUUGGACAUGAUAAAAGGAGAUUGGACGCAGCUAAACACCCUGGAAUUCUUUCUACAGUUCAUUGUGCUAGGUCAAAUAGGCAACUUACUCAGAAAUAUGCUCACAAGCGGGAUUUUAUUUCACAGCAUUUUUGAAAGUGUUGAUU